CAGGCGGUGAAGAUGUGCCGCUGUGUGAGCGGGGGCCGGACGCUCAAUGGAGGCGAAGUGAAUUUUCCCAAAAAAAGAAAAAGAAAAAGUUUGUUGUAGUGUUUGUGAGCACAUGGCGCUUUACAGACCGUGCGUUUGGCUGUUUUUAGCUUUGUUCUGGAGUCAGGAUGGGCUUGUGUUGGGAUAAAGAGCGGGAUCUGAAGGCUUUUCCCUGAGAGCAGCAGCUCAUGGAGCCGGAGGAGUGAGGGAUCAUGAGCGCAGGUAUGAAGAAGCCGCCGGUUGCCCCCAAACCCAGGCUGUUGGCGUCUCCGAAGCCAGCUCCUCCUCCAGUCGCACCUAAACCUGAGAUCCUUCUUCCUUCUCCAUCUCCUUCUACUUCAAAACGGGGGAAACCUGCUCUAGCCCCUAAACCAUGCCUGGACAAAAUCAGCCCCAAAGCUGUGCAGUCAUCUCUCUGUAUCAGCACUGGCAAGUCUGAGGGUCUCCCCACAUCCAAAAAUGGGGGCCUGUCACAUUACAUCAUACCACCCAAGAGUCACUACAUGGACAACUGCAAAACAAGGGGAUCUGAAGAGGCAAACGAAACAACAGAGUAUGAUUUUGGAAAAAAGCGAGGCAGUCCACUCGAGGAACUCGGCUCCGACAGCGCACAGGACCAAGUGAUUUCACUCCGACAAGAGGUGCAAAACCACAUUGCCGCACACUCCCUAAACACUUUUCCAGAUGCAAAGGAAGAGCCACACACAGCUGUGCUCGUCAAGGAUUACAUACACACUCCAGCAGAAGAAACUUUCCAGCAACUUGCUGAGCAGACUUCGCACAUGCAGUGUUUAACCACUGAUCAUGCAAAUGUUUCUGUGCCGUCACCCCCUAGUAAGCCACUUCCUGUCCCUCAGCCUCGGCGUCCACGCAGAAAUGUACUUGUUCGCCAGAAGGUCGUGGUGGAGUGUCCCACUGAAACAGACACGCACACCCCCACGAACCUUCAAACACAGGUGACACCCUCAGAAGACCGUCAUUCUUCACCAGAAGUUCCAGAAGGCAGUUUCUCCUCAAGCGGUUUUCUUGCAAACACUUCUGACUCCUGCACAGACUCCGCCCACAACACAGACUCCACCCACAACACAGACUCUACCUGUAAAACACACAAUGGUGGUAUUGUGACCCACCCAGCAGAGACCGCCUGCUAUUCAGAUCCAGCUACCUCCCUUUCCGUAAAGGAGGAGGAGCAACAGCCACCAGCCCCACCCCCUCGACAAAAGUCCCUCCUACAAAAAGGCAUGAACAAUUACAAAACGUCAUCUUCCCUGGACAACCUGCUUCUUGCAGAGCAUGCAGACUCUGCGAGAUUCGAUAAGAAGCUCGACAAGGAAGAGCAGGAGGACGACGAAGACGACAACGAGGACGAUGGCGCGUACGGCGAUUUUGCUCGUUGUCCGUUCACCAGGAGUUUACCCAAACAGAUUCGACUCAACCGCAGCCCUCAGGUGGCGACCGUAACGAAGGCGUCUUCAACAGAGGAGAACUCGCCAAAGAUCGUGCCCAAGAAGCCGCAGAGACACAGUCUACCCGCGUCUUCACUGACCAGGAAACCAAACACGCCACCGCAAACACCCGUUCCAGCCCUGCCCCCUGUUCUCGGAGCACUUCCGUCCCCUCCCAAUGAGAAACCCUCGUCAUGGCGCAUCACUUUCUCAGGAAUCCCUCUGUUUGGUAAGCAGCUAUCUCACAGUGCGAGCCAAUCACACACCAGCAAUGGAAAGAGGCCGGGGUCAGUGUUGGUCAAGCAGAGGGCGAGGUCAUUCUCCUCGGCUGAUCUCCUGCGCGUGGACUCGGGUGCCAGCGUGCAGAAACACCGCAGCCUGAAGAAACUUCUCGAAGUGCGCGUCAAGCUGUUUCCGAAGCUCCUGCGUGGUGGCACGUCUCUGGACUGCACUAGCACGGACGCAGAGUGCGACAGACACACCGGGGUCACACCCACUAGUGAGGAGGUCACGCAGCAUGAGGGAGAAGGGGAUUGCGGGGUGGAAUAUGAAAACGUUCCGCUCUAUGAGGAGAUUCCUGAGUACAUGAACCUUCCCUGGGUCUAUUCCAGUCAGAAUACAGACAGUGGAGUGUAUGAAGUGCAGGAACCGUAUGAAAUGAGCAGGCCUCAUUUGGGCGGUGACCUGUCAGAGGAAGAGGAGGGGCUAAGCUCGAACGAGGAAGAUGACAAUAGCUCCACCUCCAGCAAGGACGAAAUGGACCAAUCAAGAGAUAAAGAGGAGGUCGAGAAAGCAAAAAGGAAUAAAGUGGUUCACAUUGCCAUGGAGAUCAUGAGUUCAGAGAAAGUAUUCGUGGACGUUCUGAAGUUGCUGCACAUUGACUUCCGGGAUGCGGUUGCCAAAGCGAGCCGUGCCAGUGGGAAGCCUGUGGUGGAGGAGCGGGUGCUGAAUCAGAUCCUGUACUACCUGCCUCAGCUCUACGAGCUCAACAAGGAUCUGCUGAGAGAGCUGGAGGACAGAGUCGCACACUGGUCGGAUCACCAGAGGCUGGCUGACAUCUUUGUGCAGAAGGGGCCGUAUCUGAAGAUGUACUCUACAUACAUCCGAGAGUUCGAUCGCAACGUGGCUCUGUUGGACGAACAGUGCCGGAAGAACCCUUCUUUCGCCACGGUCGUGCGUCAGUUUGAGACAAGUCCUCGUUGCGCCAGUCUGGCUUUAAAGCAUUACCUCCUGAAACCAGUGCAGCGGAUUCCACAGUAUCGGCUCUUGCUGACAGAUUAUUUGAAAAAUCUCCCUGAAGACUCAUCGGACUACAAGGACACACAAACUGCCCUUGGAGUGGUGAAGGAAGUUGCAAAUCAUGCCAAUGACAUCAUGAAACAAGGGGACAACUUCCAGAAGUUAAUGCAGGUUCAGUGCAGUUUGAACGGGCAUCAUGAGAUCGUGCAGCCUGGAAGGGUGUUUCUGAAGGAGGGCACACUGAUGAAACUAUCCAGGAAAGUCAUGCAGCCCAGAAUGUUCUUCCUGUUUAAUGACAUCCUGCUGUACACCACUCCUGUACAGUCUGGCCAGUAUAAAGUAAACAGUAUCCUGUCUCUGGCUGGUAUGAAGGUAAGCAAGCCCAGUCAGGAGGCGUAUCAAAACGAACUGAACAUUGAGAGUGUGGAACGUUCCUUCAUCCUGUCCGCCAGCUCAGCCACAGAGAGAGAUGAGUGGUUAGAAGCCAUCGCCACAGCAAUAGACGACUACACAAGGAAGAAGAUCUCAUUUAUCUCCAGCCGAAGCCAAGAGUCGGAGGAAGUACCCGCUGAUGAUGCGCCACUGGGUUCUAAAGCGCCUAUCUGGAUCCCAGACCUCCGCACUACCAUGUGUAUGAUCUGUACCUGUGAGUUCACCCUCACCUGGAGACGCCACCACUGCCGGGCCUGCGGCAAGGUUGUUUGCCAGGCGUGUUCGUCAAAUAAGUAUUACCUGGAGUACCUGAAGAAUCAGCUAGCGCGAGUGUGUGAUCAGUGUUAUGUCAAACUACAGCAGAAAGAUAAAGGCAAGCAGUCCGAGGUGGCCGUUUCACCCAGCGGCCGCAGCUCAGCGUUCUCCUUCUCUAGAAAACAAAAGAAGAUUCCCUCGGCGCUGAAAGAGGUUUCUGCGAACACUGAGAAUUCCUCGAUGAGUGGCUAUCUCCAGAGAUCGAAGGGCUACAAGAAACCCUGGAAGCGUUUGUGGUUCGUCAUCAAGAACAAAGUCCUUUACACGUACGCUGCUAGUGAGGAUGUUGCAGCACUGGAGAGCCAGCCGUUGCUGGGCUUUUUCCUGAGGGAAGAGAAGUCUGGACCGGCAGAGAAGCUGCAGUUUAAACUCUAUCACAAGAACAUACUGUAUUAUAUCUUCAGAGCAGAUGAUAUCCCUACAGCUCAGAGGUGGAUCGAGGCGUUUCAGGAGGCCAUGAUUCUUUGACUACUGUGGAUCCUGAUAGUUUAUUAGAACUCCUUGUUUUUUUUUUCCCCCCGGCCUGCAGCAGUAAAGUGAGGAACAGUGUGUGAGCUCAGAAGACACCUACCGUAUGAAAGUAUUAAAACGUGUGGAACAAAGGACGCAUAAUGAGCAACCUAGCAAAGAAAGGAGGAGCGUGUCUUCCAGCUGUCCUCCUUUCAUCCUGUCCUCGACGGCAAAAUCUAACAGGCGUUUGAGAUCGUUGAGGUUGUGCACGAGUGACUGGAAACACCAGAAACCCAAGACCGUUAACUUUCUGUUACUGAGCUUAAAUUAGAUUCUCCGUUACGUUCAAAUCAGUGUGUGUCAAAUGAGUGAAAUGAUUCUGUAGGUCAAUGGAUGAAAUCAGAUUUUACAUUAAAGAUCCCAGCCAGAUUCUGAGUCUGUGUAACGCCUCGAAACCAGACAUUUUUCCCUUGUACAAAGCAACAAUCAUUAUGUUGAUUGACCGUGUGUUUUCGAAUCAUAGCUGAUCCAAAAGGCUAUAAAUGAAUGGAAAAUCAAUAAAAUCAGCCGAUUUUCACGGAAUCUGCCGAGACUGAACCGGAAGAUCCCGAAGCGGUGCGUGACGUCACACGUCACAAUCCGGGUAUCGAUUUCAUUCCCAUGCGCAGCAGUUUUUAGACCAGUCUCGAUAUGGAAUCACUUUCUGAUAGUGACUGGGAUUUUUAUAUGUCGGAUGAAGGGGCAGAUAAUUAUUAAAGAUAUUCCGGAGUGAAUGGUUAUCUUUUCAAGCCCCAAGACGAGAAACAGAUGCCAGUUCAUUCAGUUCACGACAGUCCCGCUCACCACCGAUAGCGCACCACCAGCCAGAGAGAAUUGGAAACACGGAUUGGUUUGUGGAUUUUUAUUCUAAAAUAUUGACACAUACCUCAAUAAAUGCAGAAAUAUAAUCUUUAAAACGUACACUUAUUCAGUGUAAUUACUGAAAGAAAAUAUGAAGUGGGUGAUAAUGGGGGAAUCGACGAACUGUCCAAAUGUCAUUUAUUAAAUAAAUGGGUUUCUUUUUGCUCCAGUAAUUCCCAUGUGGUCGUUCUGGUGGUGAUGAAUCAGAUAUUAUUAUUAGUCGGUGACACAAACCUCACCAACUGUCGCUUUAGAUUCGUGUCAUUUCGCAGAAAUUUGUGAACUGAACGUCCCUGUUGUAGAUGGAUUCGAACGUCCGAACACAACUCGGCGCUUUCACGUCGUUACUUUUGUAAGAUUCCAACAACUACUAUUCAGUUUCAGCGAGUAAACAAGCAUGGGGUCAGAUGAACGGAAAUGACCCAGAUAACCGGGUUCCACGCGUGACGUCAUGCGAGAUUAGCCCUGGGGCAAGCCUGCCUUCUUCCGGGAUCCGGAUGCUACGAUUUAUUAAUAGUUUUGUGCGUGAUAAUAAAAUAACAAAAAAUUAAUAUUAUUUCUCCCCUGCUUUAUUAAUUCAUUUUGGUCGUUACUGAUGAUAUAUUCAUUUUAAAGCAAUACAAAAAGGCAUUACGUACACUUUAUUUUAAACACGGCUCUGCACAUAUCAAGAACAUCCAGUGUGAAGUUCUGGGAAUGUCAACAAGGCUGUAAGUGUGAAAAGUGUGUCAGGAAAGUUUUUUUUUUUUUAAGGUCACGUUUGAUCAGAGGUCAAAUGUGGAUGUGCACAAGCAAGUGUGAAUAUUCAGUGCCUUUAGUUGUGUGUCGAAGAACAAAAAUGUCUGAAAUGGUGCAUCAUGGGAGAUGUAGAAUACCACUGUAAAAGCCAGUAGUGUUUAUUUUUUAUGAUUAUAAUUAUUUUUAGAAGCCUUAAACAGAAAGAAGCCACAUUUUGUAUUUUAUGUGUAGCCUUUUUAAACAACUUUUUAUCUUUGUUUUGUAUAGGACUGACCGUAACAAAUUAAAAUACGAUACUGGGAAUAACUGGAUGUAUGUGUAAAUAUACUGUAUAUGGUAAUAUAAUGCAGGUCUAUUUAUAACAAUUUAAAAUUGUUAGGCUCCUCCAGUGAAUUGAUUGAUUGAUUGAUUGAUUGAUUUUGUAAUUUAACAACGUGGCAGAUUUUCAGCGAGCUCAGAGCUGCGUAAAAACCAAGCCGGGUGUUUUAAGAUGUCAGUAGCGCAGAAAACUCCGAGAAAGCAUCGUGUACCUGGUGCCAUUUUGUCAUUACAGUGAAAUCAUGUCAGUAGAUUAAUUCUUACUGUUCUACACUAUUACCCCAAUGUAGCUGGAAAAGAGUUAUGUGAAUAAAAUCCGGAUGAUUUUUGUGACCUUAUGUACGACGAUGUUCUUUCUGGUGUUGUGAUGUUGCAGUGGAAAGAAAUUUGACAGGAGAAAAAAAAUGGACAAGUUUGGGCUACUGCACAGUGAACGUCUAUGAUUAAACCAGCUGUUUGUCACUCAUCCCUGAGUUAACUAACUAGUCAGGGUUGAUUUUUUUUUCUUUCUUUCUGUCUGUCUGUCUUUCUUUUUUCCCUCAGAAGUGACUUUUGGUUUUGUUGUAACACUCCAGCAACCAUUUGAAAACUCUCCAGGGAAGUACUGCACUCAGGAUGUCAGAUUGUAGAUGUAAAUUGUAGACCAGAGAUAAUAAAUCAUUUUAA